AUGGAAAGUUUAAUUCUUCAUGACAGAUCUGCAUUGUUGACAACUGGGAAUAAUAUAAAUUACCCAAUCAAUGUGUCUACCCAAAAUGCUUCGUCGUUACCUGCUUUCAAUUUUUCUCACGUUGAGAAUGAACACAUAACACAACUCAGAUUACUUAGAAAUGUGGACAGUGAUUCGUAUCUAUUGAGUUUCGAAGUAAUAAUUUCUAAUUCUAGUGAGGCUGGUUUGUACACAUUAACAUUCCACAAUUGUGAUAGAAGAGGAUUGGUUAAUUUGACUGUUGAUAUAAUUGAAAAAAAUAAUGAUAGAUUUCUAACAGUUGGUGACAUGCCCUUGCCAUAUAUGUAUUAUGCAUUCUUUGCCGUCAGUUUAUUUUUAAGUGGCUUGUGGCUCUUUAUACUUUGUAGAUCAAAAGAAGAAGUCUUCAAAAUGCAUUAUCUCAUGUUUGUUCUAAUGCUAAUCAAAUCUAUAUCCUUGCUUUUUCAUGGCAUCAAUUAUCAUUUCAUUGAUGUUCAUGGUGAGAAAGAAGAAACGUUUGCAAUUUUGUUUUACAUUAUUUAUUUGAUAAGAGGAAUUUUGAUGUUUGUCACCAUAAUUCUAAUUGGUGCUGGAUGGACUUUUGUCAAGCAUAUUCUUUCUGAAAAAGAAAAAAAGAUUUUUGUAAUCGUAAUUCCCCUGCAAAUAUUAACAAAUGUGGCUCAUAUAAUUAUGUUUGAGAGUGAAGAAGGAGAGACCAACUACAACAUAUGGUACCAUGUGUUCAUUCUCGUUGAUCUGGCAUGCUGUGGAGCCAUCUUGUUUCCAGUUGUUUGGUCAAUCAGGCAUCUCCAGCAAGCCUCAUCAACUGAUGGCAAAGCUACAAUUAAUUUGGAAAAAUUGAAAAUAUUUCGUCAUUUUUACAUGCUUGUAGUUUUUUACAUUUAUUUCACUCGAGUUAUCAUUUUGCUAUUGACUUACACAAUUCCAUUUAAAUACACCUGGAUUGGAGAAUUGCUUGUCGAAUCGUCCACGAUAUGCUUCUUUGUAAUAACAGCCUACAAAUUUAGACCUGCCAGCAAAAAUCCUUAUCUGUUGGUGUCUUCGAGCGAUGAUGAGGGUGAAAUUGAAAUAUUAACUAAAUCAGGAGCCUUGGAAACGGUGAGCAAAAUAAGAUACAAAAACAAGAAAUCUAAAUCAGAUGUGGAACAAGUGGUUUUGAUUGAACGGGAUGGUGAAAACGAAUUGUAA